AUGAGCAGCUGGAAGCAUGUAAGCACCAGGCGUAAGGUUGCGAAGUUCAGCAGUCGCUCUCUUGGCUCGUACGCCGGUUCCGAAAGGACCAUACCCCGCCCAGGGAACUCAUACUUUGGGUUUGGGAACCAAGAUGCUCUGGGGUUGUCAGUGAACGCCUUGGUGAUGGACAGCAGCCUCCUGGAGCCGCUGCAGCUCGACCUGGACCCGAACAUACGCACAAUUAAAGUGCAGGAGAAGGAGCAGAUCAAGACCCUUAAUGACCGCUUUGCCUGCUUCAUCAACAAGGUGUAUCACCUGGAGCAGAAGAAUAAGAUACUGGAGACGAAGCUGCGGCUGUUACAGAGCAGCCCUCAGACUCAAUCCGACGUGGAGUCCGUGUUCAAGAUGUACAUCGGCAAAUUGGAGUCUCAGCUCAGAACCUUGAACAUUAGCGGGGAGAACCUGAAAGCCGAGCUCCGGAGCACUCACUCGCUGGUGGAGGAGAACAAACGCAAGUAUGAAGAAGAGAUUAAUAAAAGAUACAAAGCGGAAGAUGAUUUUGUAUCUGUGAAGAAGGAUGUCGAUGCUGGUUACUUUGACCGAAUUAAUCUAGAGGAGGAACGGUCUGAAAUACGACUAGAGUUGGACUUCAUUAAAGCCUUGUAUGCGGAGGAGGUGCAGGAGCUGAAGGAGCAGCUGAAGGACACCUCAGUGGUGGUUGAGAUGGAUAACAGCAGGCAGCUUAACAUGGAACAGGUGGUGAAGAAGGUGAAGAGUCAGUAUGAAGAGGUUUCUGCACGCAGCCGACAGGAAGCUGAACCUUGGUACCAGAAAAAGUUUGAGCUGGUAUCGUCACAGGUUGAGCUGCACAGCUCAGAAUCGAAGAGCACCAAGAGUGAAAUCAGAGAGUUAAAGAGACUGAUCUCAAAGCUGCAGGCGGUCAUAAGGAUGGCUAAAGCAGAGUGUAAGAGCACGGAUGGGCGGAUUGAUGAGGCGAAGCAUCAUGGAGAGGGGGCGGUGUUUGAAGCUAAGCAAAAACUUAAAGAACUAGAGGAGGCACUUCUGAAGGCCAAGCAGAACAUGGCAAGGCAGGUUUGUAAGUACCAGGACAUGAUGAACAUCAAACUGGGACUGGACAUUGAGAUCGCCACCUACAAGAAACUUCUGGAAGGAGAAGAGAACCGAACUGCUGGAGAAUCUGUUAUUCGUGUCCAAAGCGUGACAGAACCCAGUUAUCCUGAGCCUGUGGGAAUCAUCACUUGCACCAGUGUCUUCAUUAAGAUGGUUGAUACUCAGAACAAGAGCAUCAUCUCUGCCAAAGACUGA